CGCGGGCGGGCGGUCCGUUGGACGGACGGGGCGGACAGCCCGGGGCUCCCCCCGGACCCCAGCGGCCAUGGCGGGGCAGGAGUUCGCGUCGCUGGAGCGGUGCUUGGACCGCCACCUGCCCGCCGAGGAGCUAAGGGAGGUGAAACGGAUCCUCUUCGGGAAGGAAACCAGACAACUUGAGCUGCCUAGCGGUGCUUUAGAAGCUGCCUCUGAACUAGAUUUUGAACUGCAGGGCUAUGCAUUUCAAGCAGCUGCUGAACAGUUAAGGCAACCGCGGAUCGUUCGAGUGGGCCUGAUUCAGAACAAAAUUCCGCUUCCCACCGACUCGCCAGUGACAGAGCAGGUGGCUGCCCUGCAUAGACGCAUUGAGGAGAUUGUGGAAGUAGCUGCGAGGUGUGGAGUUAAUGUGGUUUGCCUUCAGGAAGCUUGGACUAUGCCCUUUGCUUUCUGCACAAGAGAGAAGCUCCCUUGGACUGAAUUUGCUGAGCCGGCAGAAGAUGGCCCAACCACCAGGUUCUGCCAGAAGCUGGCAAAGAAACACAACAUGGUGGUGGUGUCGCCAAUCCUGGAACGAGAUGAUGUGCAAGGAGGGAUUCUAUGGAAUACUGCUGUGGUGAUUUCAAAUUCUGGAGUGGUUCUGGGAAAAACGAGGAAAAAUCAUAUUCCCAGAGUUGGAGAUUUCAACGAGUCAUCGUAUUACAUGGAGGGAAACCUGGGGCACCCGGUGUUCCAGACUCAGUUUGGAAAAAUCGCUGUGAACAUUUGCUAUGGACGCCAUCACCCCCUCAACUGGUUCAUGUAUAGUGUAAAUGGAGCAGAGAUCAUCUUCAACCCCUCUGCCACCAUUGGAGAGCUCAGUGAGUCACUGUGGCCCAUUGAAGCAAGAAAUGCAGCCAUCGCCAAUCAUUGCUUUACAUGUGCAAUCAAUCGAGUGGGAACCGAAUACUUCCCUCACGAAUUCACAUCCGGCGAUGGAGGGAAAGCUCAUCACGAUCUGGGCUACUUUUACGGCUCCAGUUACGUGGCCGCUCCCGACAGCAGCCGGACCCCGGGACUGUCCCGCAAUCGCGACGGACUGCUCGUUGCUGAGCUGGACCUCAACCUUUGCAGGCAGGUUGGUGACAUUUGGAAUUUUAAGAUGACUGGUAGAUAUGAAAUGUACGCAAAGGAACUGACCAAGGCUGUUCAACCCAACUUUAAACCCAACAUCAUCAGAGAAUAACUGCAUCUGAGCCAGUGUUAAGCCAGGGACCAAGAAAUGAUAGGUUAUAACAAUUAUAGAGGCCUUUCCUCAUUUUAAUGUUUAUCAAAUUAAAUGUCCCGACCUAGCCCGGGCUCUUCACUACUGUCCUCUGAAAUUUCACUUAUUUACUGUGAAAUUCGUCUCUACUUUCAACCUUAUAUAUUGUCUAUACCCUAAUCAGCCAAUUUUAAGAAUGCAGACAUACCAGAUUAAAUCAGUGCUAGAUUAAAAGACAAGGCAACUCAAUUCUGCCUAAUCAGGGUAUCUAACUUGUGUGACACUAACUUGGAAUGUGAGGCAAGUUUGUUUUUCACCUCCAAUUUAUUAAAUUUCAAAAGCUUGA